CGUUACGUGCGGGCCGGCCGGCAAGAUGGCUGCGUUCACUGACUCCCGGACAAGACAUCGGUUACCAUUAAAUGAAGAGCUAGUGCUUAGCUUGCUGCAGGAUGGAAAAUACUCGGACUUAGAAGUGGACGAUGCUGAUGAAGAAUUUUUCGCGCCGCAGGUUGAAAAUGAAGACUUGGCACCAAACGAAGAACCUUGUGUAGCUGACUCGACACCACCGCGUAAGGGAGGCAAAAAAAGGAAGAUUUCUACUAUUGAUGUUCAAGAUAACAAUGAGGGAGGACCCUCAGCUACCAAAAAACUCAAUAAUCUGAUCAAAGUGAAAGUAAGUCAACCUCCACGUAUUUGGAAAAAAACUAAUUUUAUCGAUAAGUCACACAAUUACUCUGACCACCCAGAACCGAUUGUAAUUAGAUCACCUAUUGAAUACUUCCAAGAUUAUUACAAUGACGAUUUUUUUGAACACAUGUCAAUAUGUACAAAUAUGUAUCACAUGAGAAAAACUGGCGAUAUAUUAAAAACUACUAAACAUGAAAUGAAAAUACUUUAUGGUACUCACCUUAUGAUGGGAAUUUUAUCUUAUCCUAGAAUCGCUAUGUAUUGGAGACAAAAAAUUAAUAUUGAAAUGAUAACGUGUGCAAUGACAAGAGACCGACUUAUGACGUUGCGAAAUAAUUUACACGUAGUGGAAACAGAUUCUCCACCCUCUCAAGACUCAGUUAAUCCUCUCUGGAAGGUGCAACCGGUAAUUAAUGCAGUCAAAAAUGGCUGCAAAAAAAUUUUAAGAACGCCUGGAAGGUAUUCGGUAGAUGAACAAAUCAUUCCCUUCACAGGGAAGUGUCACCUCAGACAAUUAGUUAAAAACAAGCCUCGCCCAGUAGGUCUUAAAAAUUUUGUUGUCACCACUAGUGAAGGGCUCAUGGUUGAUUUCGAAAUAUAUUAUGGCCAAAAUCCCGCACUUUCGCACCCUCUUGGACUCGGACCUGCAGUUGUGCUACGCCUCAUCCAGAGUGUACCUCGUGGAAGCUGUAUCUUUUUUGAUAGAUAUUUUACGACCAUCCCUUUGUUGGAUGAACUAAUGAAACUCGGAUAUCAUGGAACCGGUACAAUCACGGCUAAUCGUAUUCCGCAACGUCAAAAACUGAGCUUUAAAGACGAUAAAAAGUUGAAGAGGGGGGAUAUUGAGCAAAGAGUAUCUAAAGACAUAGUUUUAGUUAAAUGGAAGGACAGCAAAGCUGUACUUACAGCUUCAAACUGCACUGGUGGUACGUCAAUAGAAAUAGUUAAACGAUACGAAAAGAAGCAAAAAUGUUAUGUUGAUGUCGAUGCUCCAAAGAUAGUGACAUCCUAUAAUGCAUUUAUGGUGUAG